UUUCAAAGUUUUUCUUAUAUCGUCGGCCAUUGAUUUCCGUCAGGGACUUUAACAAGAAGCAGCUAGGUUAUUUUCCGGGGGUCACCUUUUCUAUUGAACAGAGAGGUUUUUCUUUUCGUAGAGUUGUGUGUACUUCUGACAGUCGGUUACCGUUAGGCUGCCUUGUCGCCUGCAGAUUGUGUCGACAUGUCACUCCUAUCGACAGACAUAUUGUUGUGACAGGGCGCUCCCAGCGCGAUAAAGACAACUUCGCCUAAAUGUGGCUGUCACGAACAGAUAAUGAUGAAUAACCGCCAGGAACCCACGAUGUAAUAGACAUUAUCAUUUGUCGUUAGUGUUGGCUGGACACGAAGGAGGACGUUGACCUAACUGUUUUUAUGUUGGAAUUCGCUGGCCUCCUCGUAUGUGAAAUGGAACAUGCUCGUUCGCACUUUCUUGCUAUGUUUUGGUCAUUUGGUAGGUAGCUGGCAAGCCAACGCACUUGAGUUUGUUUUUCUUGCUUUUAUGUGUCUGAGUCGCUCACUAGCUGUCUUGCAGAAUGGGACUGUUGCUGUUGCAAUUGUCAAAAUGUCCAGGCGUGAAUAUUUUGAAGCGCGAGGUUCACUCCGGUGUACAUAAACUAUUUUGGUUAGAAUGCCAGACGUCCAGGGGACGACGAGAGGUGAGUGGGAAAAGGUUCGAACCUGUGGCACGCUCUUCGCUUUCACACCCGAGGAGAUGCAACUCUCUUGUGCCCUGUGUACCACUUAGACAGUUCACCAUACCCCCCCAUUUGUUGAGGAACUCAUGGACAGCAACUGUAAACUUUGCCAACUACAGCUCUUCGACGGACUCAAAACAAGCAACACAACAAGAAGUUGACAGCAAAGAUCUGCAAUCAAAGGAAACAAAACAAUCCCCAACUCGGAUACCCACUGAGGAUGUCAAAAGGAUUUUACAACUUGCCCACCCUGAGCGCUUGCGACUGUCAGCGGCUGUGGGCUUCCUAAUGGUCUCCAGCGCUGUCACAAUGUCGGCGCCCUUCUUCCUGGGCCAAGUCAUUGACACCAUCUACACCAGCUCUUCAGAGGACUUCAGUGCCUCCCUCCGCUCUCUGUGUAUCAUGCUUUCAGGGGUAUUCCUUUGUGGGGGCGCCGCUAAUGCUGCCCGUGUCUACCUCAUGCAAAUCUCAGGGCAACAGAUUGUGAGAAAUCUACGUGUAUUCCUAUUCUCCUCGAUUCUGAGGCAGGAGGUAGGUUUCUUUGAUAAGACCCGUACCGGGGAACUCAUUAACCGCCUAUCUGCAGACACGGCACUCAUCGGCCGCUCCGUCACGGACAACCUUUCUGACGGGCUCCGCGCUGUCGCCCAGGCAACAGCUGGGGUCAGCAUGAUGUUUUACGUGUCACCAAGUUUAGCAGCCUUUGUGCUGCUGAUUGUGCCUCCUAUGGCUGGCCUAGCUGUCAUAUAUGGGAGAUACCUGCGCUCCAUAUCCAAACGUACACAGGACUCUCUGGCUGAGGCCACACAGUUGGCAGAAGAACGCAUCAGCAACAUGAGGACAGUUCGGGCGUUUGGUAAGGAGCUGACAGAGGUGGCCAAGUAUACGGAGAAGGCCAACUAUGUUCUCCACCUGGCCAAACAGGAAGCCGUUUUGAGGGCUGGCUUCUUUGGCGCGACUGGACUCAGUGGCAACAUCAUCAUCCUGUCAGUGCUGUAUAAGGGAGGGCUAUUGAUGGCCAGUGAACACAUGACUGUGGGAGAGCUCUCUUCCUUCCUCAUGUACGCCUUCUGGGUGGGCAUUAGCAUUGCAGGUAUGAGCUCGUUCUACUCUGAACUGAUGAAGGGCUUUGGCGCAGGGGCACGGCUUUGGGAGCUACUGGACAGGAAGCCCGAGUUCCCCCUCAAUGAGGGUAUUGUGCUGAGGCCAGAGCAGCUUAAGGGUCAACUGGAGUUCCAGAAUGUCUCCUUUGCCUACCCAACCCGCAAAGACGCCCCCAUCUUCCAGGACCUGAGUCUCUCUGUGCCUGCUGGCUCCGUCAUGGCCGUGGUAGGGCCCAGCGGAUCGGGCAAAUCCACUCUGGUCUCCCUGCUGCUCAGGCUCUACGACCCAGUUGCAGGUGUGAUCACUAUCGACGGGCAUGAUGUGAGAGAUUUGAAUCCUUAUUGGCUGAGGAGUCACAUUGGAACUGUUAGUCAGGAGCCUGUACUCUUCUCCUGUUCCAUCGCUGAGAACAUUGCCUAUGGAGCGCCCGACUCUGGCACGGUCACAGUUCAGGAAAUCCACCGGGCUGCACAGAUCGCCAACGCUUAUGAGUUUGUCCGAGGUUUCCCAAAAGGCUUUGACACUGUGGUGGGAGAGAAGGGUGUUCUUCUCUCAGGUGGUCAGAAACAGAGAAUUGCUAUUGCAAGGGCUCUGCUUAAGAACCCCAAGAUACUUCUACUUGAUGAGGCAACAAGUGCCCUGGAUGCAGAGAAUGAGUUCCUGGUCCAGGAGGCUCUAGAGCGGCUCAUGGAUGGGCGCACAGUGCUGAUCAUCGCCCACCGCCUCUCCACCAUCCAGAACGCUGACGCCGUGGCUGUGCUGGACCAGCGGCGUGUGGUGGAGUGUGGGCAGCAUGCACAGCUCUUGGGCAACCGCCAAGGCCUCUUCAGGAAGCUGAUGGAGAAACAAGCCUUCCUUCAAGAGGGGCAAAAGCAAGCGUUGCGUUGAAAAGAGCUGGGGAGGGGCCUUAAAUGUAGAGAAACUGCCUUUAGCUGUGUGGUGACGUGCUAAUCACGCUGCGCUCUGCUACACUCCUCAGUCUGUCAGUGGUGUGUGUGAAUCAGUUUAAGCUAUUUGCAAGGGAGCAUUUGAAUAUCAACUGGAACAUCGAUGAUUUUAAUAUUGCAGAGCCAUCUCGUAGCGCUGACGGGGAUUCAUUUUGAGACAGCCAGUAGGUUUGGAUUCUCUUCUUGAGGACACCCAACUUAUUGAGUAUCAUUCUUCAAGCUGCAAUAUGUACCUGACCAAAUUUGCAUAGAAAUGUUAUAGAUAAGUCACUCAUUGAAAGCAAGUCUAAGAAGGGGUACAUCUGUUCUAUGUGCGCUAUUUCUAUGCUUCCUGUUAAGUUUAGUUUUUACGUCUUUUACUUUCGGUUUUGUACACCAGCUUUAAAAAGCUAGAAAUAUCUUUGAUUCUGAAAAAUAUAUUUCACAGUGGUUUAGAUGGUACAAUGAUUCUCUACACUGUGCUUCCUAGUUUUGUCACACUAACUGAAAUUAGGCAAACUAUUAGUUUCAGCUACCAGGAAAUGGCGGCGGGAAUUCUGCAUAGUGCAUCUUUGAGGUUAGGAUAUGCAGAAAAUAUGAAUCACACCAAAACUUUGAAGUACGGCCUAUGUGAAGUAAAUAUUAUAACUGAGUCACUAUGCCUUUUCAAGAAAACAAAAGCUAUCUUUUGUAUUAAAUAACUACUUACCAGACUGAAACAAAUAUACACUCAGUGGCAAGUUUCUUAGGUACGCCAACCCGUUCACAAAAUUGGGUCGAGCCUUUAGAUAGUGAGUCAUGUGGCUUGCGAUAUAAAGCAGACGGACAGUCAUCAAGGCAUUUAGUUACUGUUCGAUUGAAGGUUAGAAUGGGUGAAACGAUUGACCUAAGGGACUUUGAGCAUGGUUUGAUCGUCGGUGCCAGGCAUGCAUGCAUGCCUCCUAGGCUUUUCACGCACAACCGUGUCUAGGGUUUACCGAGACGUGAGACAAACAAAAAAACAUCCAAUCAGCAGCAGUCCUGUGGGCGAAAACAGCUUGUUGAUGAGGUCGAUUGAGAAGGGCAAGAAUAGUGCAAGCUUACAGGCGGACCACAAACAGGUAACAAAUGGCGCACAACGACAUCUCGGAACUCACAACUCAUCCGUCCUUGUCACGGAUGGGCUAUUGCAGCAGACGACCACACCAGGUUCCACUCCUCUAUCAGCUAAAAACAAGAAGCGGCUCCAGUGGGCACGCAAUCAAUUGACACACUGGACAAUUGAGGACAAAAAAAACAACAUUGCCUGGUCCGAUGAAUCUUGAUUCCUGUUGCGUCAUGCCAGAGUCAGGAUUUGGCAUAAGCAGCGUGAGUCCAUGGCCCAUCCUGCCUGGUGUCAACAGUAGAGGAUGAUUGGGGUGGUGUGGGGAACGUUCAUUCCAUUGAUAACAAUUGAGCAAUGUUUCCAUGCCCUGAAGAAUUCAGACUGUUCUGGAGGCAAAGGGGUGUCCGACUCGGUACCAGAUGGGUGUACCUAAUAAACUAGCCACAGUGUGCAUUUAUUUGUUACAAGUUAUCCAAAACGUGAAGCUAGCAUUGUCAAUUAUGUAGGCCUAUUUCAAAGACAAUGGCAAACAUACAGAGCACUGAUAUACAAGCAACAUUGGCAUAAAUGUGGACGAUCAUCAAAUAUCUUACAUUGCAGUUGAUAAAGCAAACAAACCACCACUGAUCAGUUAUGAAAAUGAUGUGCAUAUCCAUGCAAAUGUUCUGCUAUAUCACCUAUUUCACCACUGGCUAUUAUUUCAUUGAUGGUAUGGUAUGCUGGAUAUUUGAUUUACAUAAAAUACAAUCACAAAAUGAAUCUUCAAAGAUGCUUUUGGGUCUUCCACUGGUACCAAUUGUACAUUUCUGAACAAUCUAACAUUCAAUAGGUAAAAUUUGACCAAAUCCAUGUUAUCUUGACAGUAUGUAUGACUGAAAGACCUUGCAGACUUUUUAGUAUUUGGAUUUAGAGUUCAGCAAAAUCCUUUAUACUAAUGGGAUAUGUAGAUCUUUAAAAUGUGGCAUUAUAAGCUCAUAGUAUCAAAUAACAUUUAUUUUCUUAUCUGACACUGAUGAAUAGAUUUUUCUCACGUACCUGUGACACUGGAUGUACUGUGCCUGGAUUGUACUGCAAAGAAACAUUCACUGCUCUGUUUUGUGCCAUUUUGCUCCUCACAUUUUAAUAUUGGAUUCAGUAGUCAUCCUUGUGCAAUAGAAAGGCAAGAACAAGAAUGGUAGGGAGAUUUUAAAUAACUUUGAGCUUCAACCAAUGCCAUACCAAUGUGUUUGUGUGUAAGUCCUAUAUAAAUGUUCUCUACAGAAGGCUCCUUGGUAAAAUCAGCAUGUUGUAAUAAUGUAUUCAAAUAUAAUAUUUUAAUGAUUUUGUGUGCUAAAUUAUUAGGCCUUUGUGAAAAAUAAAUGAUUUUAAUAAUA